GUUCGAUUAGUACGGAGUAUAAGACAUGUCGGUCCCGUUUGAUGUCGCAGCGUUACUCUAAGUAACACCGGUCCUUCAAUUUAUCUGUCUCUCUCUGAGGUUGCAUGUCUGUCAUUUUGUUUCAUUCAGUCUAAUUGAUUCAUUCAAUUUACCGUUUCAUCUUCAUUUCCAUUUGUAUACACUUCAUUCAUUCAUUCUACCGACCAAAACAAAACAACCAUCCACCACACUCACUCACCUAGCUCAUUCAAUUGACUUGAAUGAUCCCAAAUAAACCCUCGAAAAAUCCACAAAUACACAAAUAAAAAUGACGAGCAAAGUCCUCUCCCUGGCUUUCAUCUCCCUCGCCCUUUCCACCGGUACAUCGGCCACCAUCCGCCAAGGUUGCUACAACAGCGCAGGGGACCUCCAAUUGAUCGGCUCCGACGCAGCCCCCAAAGAGACCUCCUUCCUGUCGCCCGCAACAUGCCAGCAGACGUGCAAAAAGCUUAACCACCAAGUCUUUGCCCUGCACGACGCCAACAAAUGCUACUGUGGCGACGAGCUGCCCCCCUUCGCGGCCAUGGUCCUCGACACCGAGUGCGAUGAGGAGUGUGCCGGAUAUCCGGGCCUGAACUGCGGCGGAAAAUCAGCCUGGACAGUCCAAUCCAGCACAAUCGCAGUCCACCACCAACCCAAACCCAAGCUCCGCCUCCACAAACGCACCUCCCCCAUCCCCGCAAAAGACGAAGAAGAAGAAGACGACGGCGACAUCUCCCACAUCAUAACCGCCUCCGACGACGCAGACUACGAACCGGGCCACACCCUCAGCGUGAACCCCACCAUCGUGCAAACAGGCGGCAGCGCACCGCCCUCCAAGAGCGGCAGUGCCAAAGAAAACAACAGCCCCGAAGAACCCGUGCAAACGAGCAUUCUGACCGCGCCCACAGCUGCGCCCGCGAAAGACGGAGGAGCCGGCAUGGCGCGCGUGGCGGCGUCGUCGACGAUGGUGCCUGUUGCGUCUGGGACGGUUUCGCCCUCUAGUUCUUUGGCGCCUUCGUCGGGCUCCGGGUCAGGGUCGGGGUCGUCUGCUUCGAGCUCCCCGUCGGCGAGUCCCGGUGCGGGGAGCCGAAAUGGCGUGUUGCUUGGGGCGAUGGUCUUGCCUGUUGUUGUUGGUGGCUGGCUUGCGUAA